CAACCAUACACGAUGAGUGAGUCGUUGAUUCCUCUUAUUAUUACCCACGAGGUACACCCUCAGACCCUCUCCUCCAUCCUGAUCAACGCCUAUCGAAAAGCCACCGAGAUCAAGUCCCCGCCAACAAUCAUCCUGCUGACAGAAACCAGCAAAGAGGCAAUCCAGGCGUACAACUAUGACUCUAUAACUCAUCCCCCCAUUGACUCUUUCAAAUCCCCAUUUCUCGGCUGGGAUCUUCCAAAAGUGGCACAGUUUCUCACAGAGAAUGCCAAGAAAAGCAGAGUUGACGCGUGGGUGUUUCUGAUUGCCGAUGAGAAGACGGCCGAGGAUGGAGAGACUUUGCUGCUGGCGCAGAGUGACUCGAAUGGACUCAAGUCUGUACGUGUCACCGGGGAGGAUGUGAACACUGAGGCAAUUGCUGUAUCCGUUGCUACGAAGGAUGUGGGCGAGUUGAUUACGUUGGUGGGUGAAGAUGGGGUGUAUCGGAGUGGGUAUAGCAAGAAGAAGGGAGGCAGUGCCCCGAGAAAGCAGCUCUAGUCAGAGAGACAUUAAUUUGGAUAUGAUUAUACUGAGAUGAUGAUCAGUAGGAUCAAAAAUUCACGAGGUACCUUGAUUCUGUUGACAUGGCAAAAUUCAAGUCGGUGUCAUUUGAACUGUUCGUCAAGUCACCAGUAUUUUGCCAGGCGCUAUUCCUAUUCAAUUCCAGC